GUAGACGCCCUCAGCCCUCCGUCUCGUCCUGCAGCUUCCGGGUGUGCAGCUGCGGCCAUUUUGAGCUUCGCUUCUUUGCGCUCUCGCCCGCCACCCAGCCCUUCCGUCUGUGCGUUUCGCGCCUCUGUGCGGGCCGCGGUCUCCCGGAACGCCGUCGCUGCGUGAGCGGCCUUCUCUAUGGUGGAGAGGUCUCACACGGACUAGGACGUGUCCUUUCCCCGCUGGGAUGGACCUAGCCGCGGUCGCCACCGCUUGCGCGGGCCACCGGACCGUACGGAACCCCGCUCGCUGCGGAAGCCGCUGCUCUCUGGGCCUCGUCUGCCGGCGCGGGAAGCGGACCGCAGUACCUACUCCGUGGCUGGGCAAGGCUGAGACUGUGUAGGCCUCGGAUCCCGCUCUGACGCCGCUGAGCUCUGUACUCCUGCCCGGAGAAGCUGCCAAGGAAAGGAGAUGGAGACGGGAACACCCAGGGCCCGGAAGCGGCCUGUCCCUCGGAUGGCCUCCUGGUUCCGGCUACCCUUCCUUCGGCGAUCGCGCGCUUGCUCUUCGGAGUUCCCGACGCCUUCCUCUGGACAAAAUCCCGGGGACUCCGCCCUGCCCGAGCCUCGGACCAGGUACUGGACCAAAUUGCUUUCCCAGCUCCUUGCUCUGCUCCCUAGCUUGCUCCAGAAGCUGCUUAUUUGGAGUCAGCUUUUCGGGGGCAUGAUUUCCACCAGAUGGCUAGAUUUUGCAGCAGGCUACAGCGCCCUGAGAGCUUUGAGAGGACGGGAGGAAUCUGCCGCCCCCACGGGGCAGAAGUCUUUGAGUUCACUGCGGCUGGACUCUUCGGAAGACUUGGUUGUCAGUUCUCUUGAUUGGCUAGAGGAGGGACUCCAGUGGCAGUGCUCGUCCUCAGACCUGGAGUUGAAACUCAAGGCUCAGGAAAGAGCUUUAGACUCUACAGCGCCCACUUUCCUCCUGGAGCAGCAGCUGUGGGGAGUGGAGUUGCUGCCCAGUAGUCUUCAAGCCGGUCUAGUCUCCCACCGAGAACUUGGCUCUUCAUCCUCGGGGCCUCGGAGCACUCAAAGCUUAGGCAAUUUCAAGGUAGUUUCCUAUCUCCUGAACCCGUCCUACUUGGACUACCUUCCCCAGUUAGAGCUGCGCUGUCAGAACAGCGUUGGAGCUGGCCAAUUUGUGGAUUUCCGAACACUAGCCCCAUCUGAAGAUGGUUGUUGCCCUCAGCCCUUGCGAGCAGAGAUGUCGGCAACCGCGUGGCGAAGGUGUCCGCCUCUCUCUACAGAAGGCCUGCCGGAAAUCCACCACCUCCGUAUGAAAAGGCUAGAAUUCCUUCAGGCCAACAAAGGGCAAGAGUUACCCACCCCUGAUCAAGAUAAUGGCUAUCAUAGCUUGGAGGAGGAACACUGCCUUCUCCGGAUGGACCCACAACAUUGUACAGAUAACCAAGCACAGGCGGUGCCCACUGCUGGGGCCAGUCUGGAGCCCGCUGAGAAAAAACUAGGGUUGGUAAUUCAAGAAGUUUCACCAAGCCCCCAGGGAAGCAGUCUGUCUUGUGAGUUACCUGUGGGAAAAGAAUGUGAAGAGGACCACACUAAUGUAAUUGACUACUCAGAUAUAGGCGAUAGCCUUCCUGUUUCUACCAGACCAGUUUGUAGCAACAAACUGAUAGAUUAUAUUUUGGGAGGCGCCUCCAGUGACUUGGAGACCAGCUCUGAUUCUGAAAGUGAGGAUUGGGAUGCGGAACCCGAGGAUGAUGAUGGUUUUGAUAGCGAUGGCUCCCUGUCUGAAUCAGACAUGGAGCAGGACUCCGAAGGGCUUCACCUUUGGAACUCUUUCUACAGUGUAGAUCCUUACAACCCCCAAAACUUUACAGCCACCAUUCAGACCGCUGCCAGAAUUGCCCCCAGAGACCCAUCUGAUUCAGGGAAGUCCUGGUCUGGCAGCUCUGAUGGAGGGAGUUCUCAGGCGGGACCCCUUCCCGAGACCCCUGACCAUAGUUCUGGGGAGGAGGAUGACUGGGAGUCCAGUGCAGAUGAAGCAGAGAAUCUUAGAUUGUGGAACUCUUUCUGUAAUUCUGAGGAUCCCUACAACCUUUUAAAUUUUAAGGCUCCUUUUCAAACGUCAGGGAAGAACUGGAAAGGCUGUCAGGACUCAGAGGCGUCUUCUGAGGCCACAGUGGCCUUUUCUGGGCAUCAUACCUUACUUUCUUGUAAGGCACAACUGUUAGAGAGCCAAGAAGAUAAUUGUCCAGGCUGUGGGCUGGGUGAGGCUCUUUCUGGAGAAAGAUACACCCAUAUCAAGAGAAAAAAGGUAACCUUCCUUGAAGAAGUUACUGAGUAUUACAUAAGUGGUGAUGAGGAUCGCAAAGGACCAUGGGAAGAAUUUGCAAGGGAUGGAUGCAGGUUCCAGAAACGAAUUCAAGAAACAGAAGUUGCCAUUGGCUACUGCUUGGCGUUUGAGCACAGAGAAAGAAUGUUUAGUAGACUGCAGGAGCUUGUGUCAGAGGACUUACUGUUGUACAGCAAUGUGAGGCGGGUGAACAGCCUGCAACCCCCGCCCACUCUGUCUCUUACUUGAGAGGUUUCUCUUAAAAACAAACACUGGCAGCUGUCCUUGGACAUGUAUUUAAAGAAACAACUUGUAUCUAGUGAUGUAGUUUAAUUAUUUUUGGGUAAUGUAUCUCAUUAGAAACAUCAACUCUGAUAAUGAAGGAUCUCUAAUCUUUAAUCCUCUUUUUUCCUAUUUAGUUGGAUGUGGGUUUUGUCUUUGAGAGGGUCUCACUGUGUAGUUCUGGCUGGCCUAGGUCUAUGUAUGUAGACCAGGUUGGCCUUGAAAUUGGUAUCUUCUUGCCUCUGUUUCUUGUGCCACCAUGCCCAGCUAGAAAUGUUUUUUAAAUAUCCUCUGCUUACUUGGGGUGAGAGUUUAAUUUUGCACUUUCAAAACAUUUCUUCUGGAAACAGAGGCCAGUCUGGUUUACAUACGAGCUUCAGGCCAGCUAGGGCUAUGUGGUGAGACCUAGUCUUAGAGGACAAACAGAACAAAGCAGGUUACCGUGGGUACUGAGGCAGAAGGAUAGAGAACUCAAAGCCAGCUUAGGGAGUGUAGCAAGACCUUUUUAUUUUAAACUCAGAAUGGAAAAGGAGGCUGGGGGUAUGGCUUGGUAGCAGAGGGCCCUGCCUAUAUGUACAAGGCCCUGGGUUCAGUCCCCAGUACUGCAAAAAAGAGAAAACUCCAUCUUGGAUAACCAUAAGGUUUAAGCCUCAUUAAGUUCUAACUCAAAUUAUGCAUACUUAGCUGAGAACUUUGAGUUCUUGUGUGCUUUUUUUUGUUCUAAAAUUAAUGGGCUUUAUAGCUUUUGUAUGUUUUUAUGUCUGUUAUAUUUUGAGGUGGGGAAUUGAGGCAGGGUCUCACUGUGGCCUUGAGCUCAUGACAGUCUUCCUGCUUCAACCUGAGUGUUAAGCUAUGCUUGGGGUUUUUUGGUUUGUUUGGUUUGUGUUUUUGUUUUUUUUUACUUUCAUAGAUUUGACCUAAUUACUUUAAGGCUAAAACCUGUUGUUGUCAACCUAAAAGACAUUGUUAUGUCACUUAAGUGGUGGGUUUUUCUCCCUCUUUUUUUUUUUUUUUUUUAAAGACACAGUCUUGUACAGUCUAGGCUGGCCUUGAACUCAUUACUUAGCUAAGGAUGACUUUGAAAGACUCUCUUGUCCUCUUGUUUGGAUUUUACAUGGCGUGUGCCAUACAUCCAGGUUUUUUCCAUAUCUGGGUCUAUUUUAAGAUAUUUCCAAGGACUGCCACAAACCCACACGAGCAGUACUUUCUUGACUGGGAAAGCUGGGUUGGUGUGCUUUUUAAAGGCACAUACUGUGCCCAGCUGGUCUGCCAAAUUUUAACAUCUAGUAUAUUUGGUUUCUGUGCAAACUGUCCAUUUGGAAGGUUUCUGUGUGUUGUAGUUCCAGUUGAAUGUGGCUCUUUGUAGCUUUCAAGAAUGGGUAGAAAGCACUCUAGGAAGUAAUCAUUGCAUUGUAGACUUUUUUUUUUUUUGUAACUUAGAAGCCUGGAAUUUUUCUAGGAGGUUCAUGUGAAAUUCUCAGAAAUUCAAUUUUGUUUUAUGUAUCUUAAAACCAGUGUUACUUAUACCCUGCCUCAGCACUGGCACUUUUCAAACCUGUCUUGGUGACACUGUAAACUUGGAUGGAUCGUGCAGUUCUGGGUUUUCAAGUGUGAAAUGUCAAAUACAAAGGUCAAUAUCCAAGUUUGUUUGUUCUACCUUCUAUAGAGAGAAGCCAAGCAGAAAGUAUAGAUAGAGAAGCCAGAAAGGCCUAGUGUCCUCCCCAAAGCUUGCUUUUGAGUGUGUUGAUUAGGUGUGCUUGGCCUGUUCAGUCAGCUUCACCUGUUGUGCAUGGGCUAGGUUGAGAUCGGGUGUAGCCAGCUCUUUAGUGGUUCCAUGCACAAGAGAGAGCUUCUGAAUUGGUUGUGGGGAUGAGCUUUCCAGAAGAGCUAGCAGGGUAACUACCUCAGUUUAUAACCUCCCUGGUUAUUUCCGUUGGUGUGCUCUAAGGUCUGCCUCAGUGGCGAUGCUCAUCCACACAGUAGUAAGAGUGCAGCUCCUGAAACAUUGGUCUUACUUUUGAGAACCCUCAUUUCUGUGUACUUUGUGCAGAGUGCAUUGCAGAGCCUGGGUUAGUGCUGUGGAAAUGGGCUAGCUUAGAAGCUGUGCUGUAUGGAAGCAGGCUUGUUGACUUGAGGAGGAAAAGCUCUGACAGUGUGUAGACUGUAGCUACAGCACUUGAAUCCAGAUGAGUAGGUUUUUGUUUCUGAGACCCAGCACCUGUUCCAGCUGGAACGGAACAUCUGUACAUUCAUGGUAUGUUUGAGGUGCUUGAAAAUUGUUCCAGAUUACACCUUCACUAUCAAAUGAGUAAAUGACUGGUUAAAAUCCUCACACCUGCAGACAUGGCCAGAAGGUGGCAAGGGCAGAAGGGUCUUUGACUGAAGGAGAAAAACUGUCAUUGUCAUCCCAAUCCCAAGGGAAGAACAUCUUAAGGCAGGCCGCAUGGUGACUCUAUCUAGUUGAAAACUUUACACAUUCGAGUCAUACAGUGGUGCUUUAGAUCUGCGUAGCAUGUGAGGUUCUGUACAGGUGGGGACCCACAUUUCUGAGUGCUGAAAUGUGGCAGCCCUUUAUCUAACUUGAAAUCAAAACCGUCAGAUUUUAUUUUUUAUAAUUUAAGAAAGAGUUGGGGAAUGAGAUUUUUUGAGUUGGCUUUUUCAGAUCAGUCAUUUUACGUGUAACUAGUGGAGAUUUUAUAGCUCAGAUUAUAUUUGUAUAUAAUUAUUAACUAAUAUGUAAAUUGUAAUAAAUAUAUUUGCAAUUAUUAAA